GUAAAUAUCACAAUCCCGUGGACGCCGUCCUUCAAGAACAGUCGACGGACUGCCAAGGACCUUCUAGCCAUUUCGAUCAACCUCAAUUCUUCAGGUAUAAGUCCCUCCUCUGAUCUCGGAUGAAGACUCCAAAUUCGUUUUUGAUUCGCAUCAACCCAACAAUAACUACCACAUUCAAUCUGGCUUCAAGAAGGUCACUCCUACAACAAGCGAGUCCCAUCUUGAACAAAAUCCUCAACAAACAAACCACGAUAAAACAAACUCAACACCACUUUUACACCACAAAAGCUACAAUGACCACUCCCAGAACCAUCAAUUUUUCUUUUGAAGCUCGCGAACAGUCUGAAGGUGCGGGCGCCAAAGUGCGUCGCAGCAUCGGCACACCUCGCCUGCGACAUCUGACUCCAUUUCUCAUGCUCGACCAUUUUAAUGUUCCCCCAGGAGCUGGAUUUCCCGACCAUCCUCACCGAGGUCAAGAAACCAUUACUUAUCUCCUGAAAGGCGCGGUUGACCAUGAAGACUUCGCUGGCAACAAGGGCACCAUCGGCUCCGGCGACCUACAAUUCAUGACCGCCGGUCGCGGCAUCAUGCACGCUGAGAUGCCAGCUCAAAACUACGAAACCAACAUUGGCAUGCAAUUAUGGGUUGAUUUACCCGAGAAUCUCAAAUCAGUCGAACCACGAUAUCGCGAUUUGAGAGCGGCGGAAAUCCCCAUCGCCAAGACUGAAGACGGAAAAGUCGUCGUCAAGGUCAUCUCAGGAAAUUCUCUCGGGAUUGAAUCCGUCAAGGACCUCGCUUAUACACCAGUCUGGCUUCUCGACAUCUACAUUCAACCUGGCGGAAGUCUCAAACAGGAACUCCCCAAGGGUUGGAAUGCUUUUGCAUAUACUCUCGAAGGAGCAACUACUGUCUCAGACGGCACCAACGAAACCACCAUCACUCCAUACCAUAACGUCGUCUUCAACAAAGAAGGUGACUACGUCGCAGUCUCAGUUGAAGAAGGAGCUAACGAUCCCGCCCAUUUAAUCCUCGUGGCAGGUCAGCCUUUGGACCAGAAUAUCGUCCAAUAUGGUCCCUUUGUCACCACCACCAAAGAAGCUGUCUACCAAGCAAUGGUUGAUUUCCAAACAGCUAGCAAUGGCUUCGAACGAGCCGCUAAUUGGGAAAGUGAAAUCGGAAAGACCAUGGGUCGAGUCUGAUCAUGAAUUGACGGCUCAAAACCCCAUAACAUCACGCCCACCACUGUGUGUGCCCUUGAAUGACAUUUUUUGGCCAUCAGGUUCGGCAGCACGGCGCUUUGUCAUGUAUAGCAGCAGUAUAGAAACAUAGCUUAGGAGUUUUGGGACCUAAGGCUAUAGGCAUAUAUAUAUAUAUAUCAUGUAUCCUCGUUGCGAGUCAGAAUUGGCUCAUGAUGAUCAAAUCAAUAAUACUUCCGAACCCGAAUAAA